UGUAUCCUUUAUAAACGUGCUCAGCAACUAGAGGCGUACAUGUAUGUAAGCUAACAGAAGUGAGAGAAGGGGAUAAUUAGCACAAAUUAAACAGUUCUUUGAUUCAGAAAAUGGCAGAAAACGGUGCCCAGCAAAUGUCUCUUCUCGAAAAGAAAAUCGGUGAUCAAAUUGAGUAUUACUUUGGUGACCACAAUCUACCUCGAGACAAAUUCCUUAAAGAACAGAUCCAACUUGACGAUGGAUGGGUGCCACUAGAAACCAUGAUCAAAUUUAAGAGAUUAAGUUGUUUAACAACAGAUUUCAAAGUAAUCCUGGAAGCCCUGAGCAAAUCCAAAACUGGUCUCAUAGAAAUCAGUGAAGAUAAAACCAAGAUCAGAAGGUCUCCAAGCAAGCCCUUGCCUGAAAUUAAUGACCAGUACAAGGAUGAAAUCAAGCACAGAUCGGUCUAUGUUAAAGGUUUUCCCACAGACAUAACCCUUGAUGAGUUGAAGGAUUGGUUUAGUGAUCAAGGCAAUGUUGAGAAUAUUCAAAUGAGAAGGACUUUGCAAAGGCAGUUCAAGGGCUCUGUUUUUGUUGUGUUUGACACUGAUGCUUCCGCCAAGAAGUUUGUGGCGCAAAAGGACCUGAAAUAUAAAGACGCAGAAAUGAUUGUACUCCUAAAAGAAGAUUACUUUACCAAGAAAAAUGAAGACAGAAAACAUCACAGAGCUGAAGUCAAAGCUAAAGCAAAGCAUGAAAAAGAGGAGAAGCAAAAGCAGGCAGAAGAUGAAGAGAUGAAAUCAUUGGAUGAACAGACUGGCUGCCUGCUGAAGUUUUCUGGUGAACUUGAGGAUCAGACUUCCAGAGAAGACCUUCAGGAAUUAUUUUCUGGUCAUGGAAUGAUCAAAUGGAUUGACUUCACCAGGGGUGCUAAAGAGGGUACCAUUCUUUUUAAAUCCAAUGCCAAAGAAGCACUUGAUAAGGCCAAAGCAGCUCAUGGAGCCAACUUGCAAAUAAACAAGAAGGAUGUGACCUGGGAGCUGCUGGAAGGUGAUGAUGAGAAAGAGACUUUAAAGAAAAUAAUUGAAGACCAGCAACAAUCAUUGAACAGAAAAAAAGGCAGAGGAGGCCGGAAGUUUGGAGGAAGGGGUGGCCGACGAGAGAGGGGUGGAAGAGAUCAGGGAAAAUUGCAGUACCAAGGCAAGAAGACAAAAUUUGAAAGUGAAGAUGAAUGUGAUCCAGAAACGGCAAAUGUAGAGAAGAAAGUAAAGGAUGAGGAAGCUGAGGCACCAGUCUUGGAACAACCAAAAACAGAACCUGCAAGUCCAAAGAAGCGAGCUCUGGAUGAUGUGAAGGCCGAAGGGGUUGGUGAACCAGCUUCAAAACAAAUGAAAACAGAAAAUGGCUCUGGGAAGCAGUAAUUCCAGUGUAAAGAAAUAAGGAUUUUAUUUUAUUUGUUUUAAUCCAUUCCAUCUGGGCUUUAUUUCAUAAAUUGUAUGAAGUCCACCUCAAUGUCAACCUGCAACAAUAAAGACGACUGUGGUUAAAACACUUUAGAAAGAAACAAAGAAAUAGUCUUUGCAAUGUACUGGAGCAGAAAUAACAGUUGCUAAAUGUGCACUCCAGGUUUCCAUGGCACUUGGUAUUUUCUUUAACCAGAAAUGGGUGCCUGGCUAACCUGUAGCAUUUGUGAAAUCUAUAGCCUGUGAAGUUAGGUGCAGCACAAAGUGCCCAAGUCUUUUGUAAAACUUAGGAAGUGCUGUUUUGUGUGAACACAUUUAAUGCUAUGAGUUAUUUAAUGAGCCUUGCAUUAAACUGCAGGACUGUAAAAGAUAUGUUCUUACUAAAGCGCUUUUUUUUUUUUUUUUUUUUUUUUUUUUUUUGUGCCACUAGUACCUAUUUCAAUAUGCAUGUGUUUGGAGUGUACUGUAGUGUGUGUGGUUGGGGGUUUUUUUUUUUUUUUUAAAUAAAGCCUUGUGUGACCAUAUAACAUGUUUUGAAUCUUGGUCAAACAGAUGUAAUGUGUUGCAUAAAUAGCUCUCCUUACGAAAUAUUUCUGCAUGCAGCUUUUUUUUUUUUUUUUUUU